GAAGUAUUCCUCUGGCUUUUUUCCCCUUAUUCGUAAACUGAGCUAUUAAGAACUACCAGUCUAUGUUUUCUUGUCAUGCUUUUUUUGCUCUUUCUACUGAUACUCCUGAAAGCGGUUGGAAAUGAGGCGGAGAACGAAAAGCAUGAAAUCCUUCAUCAAAGCGGGAACAGCCUUUACAGGGUCAGAGAAGAUGAAUCGGAUAUUAAUGACCUAAUUAAAAGGAACCUUUGGCAGUUUGGUAAAGUGAUCCGGUGCAUGACGGGACGGAGCCCUUGGGACUAUAAUAACUACGGAUGUUAUUGCGGAAUGGGAGGAAGAGGCAAAAUUGUGGACGGUGUUGAUAGAUGUUGCUAUGAGCAUGACCGUUGCUAUGGACGCGCUCCUGGUAGAUGUUGGCCUAAGUGGACCAUCUACGAGCGCGGGGGAUGGUGGUCUAGCUGUACAUUCCGAUGCAGUGACCCGAGAGAAAGUUGUAAGCGGCACGUUUGUGAGUGCGAUGUUGCUGCUGCUCAAUGUUUCCGCCGAAAUCGCUACAACGCGGCGCUCAAGGGUUACAAGCACCGAUACCAAUGUUAAAAUGUUGCAAAAAAGUGAAUAAAGUGUUUCCAUACUAA